AUGGACGAUUCUGACCUACUGAAUCCUCGAUCAUCGAUUUUGUCGGAUGCUGUACGCUUACUUGAAAAGACAAUUCCUCUCAUCAAGACAGGAUCUGCUCCUACAGUAGCAAAGGAUUUUAGGCGUUUAUCUCCUUUCACUUUCUCGCAACCUGACCAGACGCGGAAUCCGUUAGUAGCCCCUCUUAACACCAUACCAGCGACAGAAAAGAGAGCAUUUCUGCCAUCUCGAGAUGAUCCCAUUCGUCCUGACACGCCACCAAUCAGUCCCAUAAACGCUGCUCAUAGAGAAUUAGGCACAUUUGAUACACAUCUUGGUCGUUUCGCAAAUGGUGUGCCCAACAGGUAA